AUGAUUUUGUUAUUAGCAUUGAUAAAAAAUUUUUUUCUGACUUCUUCGGUAUCAGGUUUUGGAACUUUUACACAUAAUGAAACAAUUCCAUUCGAAACAAGACCAUGGAUAUGGCAAUACGGGAAAUAUAUCGAUGGGACGGUGGUUCUUCGAAUUUUUAAUAGGAAUCCUAAUAAAACACAGGUUGCUGGAGAAGCGUGGGCAAGACCAGUGCUAUCUUUACGCAUUAUUCAUCCCAAUGGAACAGUCAGUGAAAUAGACAAAGACUUAGAAAUUCCAGAAUUUAAUUGGCACCUUACUACAAGUCCAAGUGGUAAUGUCCUGGACCCUAUAAGUAUAUUCGCGCUUCGAAAGGGCUACACACUUGUUAGAUACUUCAAUGCUUCAAAUCCGGAAGAUAUUGCAACUUAUGAAGAAUGUGGACGUAUUAUUGAUUGGAAUGGCAAUUUAUAUGAUGAAGUAGAUUUUGGGGGAGCUUACAUCGAAAAUGGUAUUUGGUAUCCAUCAGCAACGACAAUAGUGACUAACGUUGAUCCAGAAAAAGGUUUCAUAAGGAUAGCUGGGAUGAAUUCUUCUUAUAUCGAGUGGCAACAAUAUGUGAUAGAUGAUUCAUUCAAUCUUAAAAGGUUAUACGAAGGAAAUAUUACACUUCCCCAAAACAAUGAAAGUUCUACAGUAUUUAACACCAUAGCUACUGUUGACGAGGGUUAUAGUAUAAUUAUGGGAAAUUCCACCAACUCCACUAAUUCUGGUAACAACAAUCCUUUGGAAAUUCGUUCCGCUGUGUAUGCUUUAACAAAAAGAUAUAAUGAUAAACAAUUUGGUGCACCAAAAAUGAUUUAUCAAUUACCCUUAGAUAAUAUUACAAUAUCUAGUAUAGCUACUGGUAUUUCAAGUACUGGAAUUGGACAAGUUUGUAUACUCACCAUCACACAGAACAAUGUUGAUUAUUAUGUGAAACUUAAUUUCUUAUCAUCUGGCUCUAUUACGGAAAUCGUUCCAUUAAAUAUAACCGUACCCGAAUUACACAAAAAUGCUAUACAGGAUGAGCCAUCAGCUUUAAAUGCACGAGGAACUUUGAUAAUUCUGCCUAAUAAUACUAUGUUAAUAUCACAAAUAGAAAAUAAAAAUACGUGGAGUUUUAAUACCACUGAUAUUCCUAAAUUCAUAGAUUUAGACAAUGAACUUUCUGAUGGAAAUAUUACGAUAUAUCAAAUCGAUAAUAGUGGCAACAACAUUAUUCGACAACUUUUUAAGGGUGCCAAUAGUUUUUGUUCCAUCUCUGAUAAUGGAUUAAAUGUAACUGUAAAUGUUCUCAAAAGUACCUUUAGUAAUCCUAAUAGCCAAUUUUAUGUUAAAGUUGACAAUAAUUUUGCAAGAAGUAAAGCAUACAGGGAAUCCUUAAUGGGAAUAUAUGAUAAUAUUUGGAAAUUCAAUACAAGUUCAAGUAAAGAAACUUUUGCAGACACAGUAUCUGGAGUGUUGCGUUUAACUAAAGAAGGUACCGAAUACUACGAAAAUCUUAAUUCAACUGAGAAAGAUCAAUUCUUUACAGAUCUGCAUCUUGAAUUAUCUAAAAUUAUUCCUGUUAAUAUUAAGCGACUAAGUUCAAAUGGGAAAACCCAAGUUGAUACCACUGUUAGUCCUGGCCGUCAAAUAUUGAUUUCACUUAAUAUUCAAUCAUCCAAAGAAGAAAGAAGUGUAGCAUCUAUUAUAGAUAAUUUAAAUGAUAUAAUUACAUAUAAAAACAUGACUUCCAUUGGUUUAAGCCAUACCGCGAAGUAUUUAGAUGGAGAUUUUGGAUUUAAACCAAAACAAAACUUAUGGGAUAAAUACAAGUGGAGACUUUUGUGUCUUUUAUUGGUACUCGUAAUUUUAGUGGUUCUUUUUUUAAUAGCGGAAAAAAUGGAAAGCAAGGGUCGUAACAUGGAUAUUUUACUACUUGGAUUAAUUAUUUUUGAUUUUGCAAUGGAUGUUCUUUUCGUCAGACAUAAUGGUAAAGUCAUUGAAGUAUUAUAUAUUCCAAGUGUCGUAUUCUUAACUGUUCCAAUCGGUAUCAACGCUAUUUGGGCAUUUUACAUUAUCAGUGAUGAAAACAAAUCUAAGACUUUCUUGGAUUGGUUCACUCAACAUGAAAUGGUAGCAUCAGUAUUUACAGUUUUAUCAGGUGCUGACAUUGAAACAUUAAGUAUUCUCUAUUCAAAUUUGGCUGGAUUUAAAUUUUUCCAAGCUCCAAUUUCGAUUAAAGGAAAAAAAAGAAUCUUUUGGGCUUCUUGUUUGACCAUUUUUAUUGAAGAUAUACCGCAAUUGAUCAUCCAGAUUUUAUAUCAACAAAGGGUGGUUACAUAUGAUAUAAUUCCUUUUCUUGCACUCGUCUCUUCAUGUCAUAUAUUGUUAAUAAAUAUUAUUUUCAGAUUAUUUCAAGCAAUAAAUAAUUGUCGAUCUGGAACUUCCGAAUAUGAUUUUGAUAGUUUUCGACAACUUCAGACACCAUCUACUGAAAGAAAUUCCACUUCAGAUGAAUCACUAUCGCAUUCAAUCGAUGUCAAAGAAAGAUAA